AGUCAAGUAGCUCCUCAGUGGGUCUCACGAGGGCUGGGUACAGCCCUCUCGCCAACAGCUUUCGGCGGAUUCGGACGGUCACCCAUGCACGUGUUAGCCAAUACCGACGGAAAUUUUGAUCACCUCAAUGAAGAAUAUCCACUUAGACGCAGCGAACAAAGGCAACAUCAUGGACGUGGACAUCGCUGAUGCGUCCGCACCGUCACCGGAGGCGCGCAGGCGCCAGUUCAAUCAGUGCGGCGACGGGGAGCGGUUGUCAGUGCAGCAGGAAGCCCAGAGGAGCAGCAGGAAGCUGAAGAACGGGGCAGGCAUGCGGCAGCACGUGCGGGAGGUGACGCCGUACGACUGGAGCUGCCAGCGUCGCUUGCGGAAGACGCCCGAGGAGGCCAGCAUGUCGCAGAGGGAGGGGCGCCAUAAGGCGAAGGACCUGCAUCCGGUGGUGCCGCCGAGCCGCCCCGCCACCAACGGCUUCAGUGGACGCGCGAGCAUCUGGGCCCCGGGAGGCUUCAACCCGCUUCUCGACCUGAGCCACCUGCUCAACAGCCCCGAGUGGCAACAGGACGGGGCGUAGCACGGCGGCGACGGAGCCCUCGUGUGAUAAC